GCGCCACCGCGCCGUGCAGCUCCCCUGCGCAACCGCGCUGCGCUGCCGCGCCGCUCCACCACACCGCGCCGCCGCGCAGCUCCCCCGCAGCUCAACCGCGCCGCGCCGCCACACCAUCGUUCCACGCUCCCCUGCACAACCCCUAAAAAUCCCCCAUUUCCCUUGUUGCUCGAGCUCGACUCCUCCACGCCGGACGCCGCCUCGUCCAGACCGCCAGACGCCGCCCCGCCCUCACCGCCGGAGCUCCCCCGCCCCACGCCUCCGCCGUGUUGCUUCCGGCGGUCGGCGGAUUAAGGCAGCGGCCUCGCUGGCCCAUGGAACCCGCCAGAGUUCAAAGGUCUCCUUUUUCCCCUUCUGCUCCCUUUGAUCUCUUGCAAUUUUCUUCUUCAUCUUCUUCGAUUGGUCUACUGGAAACAGAACAGAGGUAAACAAAGCAAUCUUUACUGAAAACAUAACAGAGUUGCAUGGUGGCGUUCGAGGUUGAACCUCUACUGAACAAAACAAGGCUGAGAUGGAUGGAUGGAUAGAUUGUGUGAGAUGAAAUAUGAGAAUCUUGCUUUGUGUCAAUUUCAGUUAUCCAUCAAGUACUCCAUUCACAUUGCUGCUGCUCCAUCUUUAUUAAUCCUGAAAUAACAUCAAUGUUGUACUCCAUUCAGACUGUUGUUAUCUAACUGAAUUUCAGUUGUCAAUUUUUUUUGCACUCACAUGCUUCUAACAGUGGUUAUCUAACUGAAUCUUGCUCAUUUGUUUGUCACCUGUAGAUGCCAUGCUCAAUUUUUUGGUAAAGCUACUCGAGUUGCCAGCAAUGCAUGCAAAGCGGCAACAGUUGGCUGCUCAGUUUUUCUUGUACUGCCAAGAUGGAAGGGACCAGGGCAGGAAUUAAAAAGCAAACAAAAGCAGGGGCCAUGAGUACAUCUCAACUUUUACUGUAUUUCUUGUUGACAACUAGUGCAGAGCAAGCAAGCAAGGCACUGGAGAUGAACAAAUUACAGAACCCUGUACUUGUUCUCACCAGCAGCAGCGCGAAUAGGGGACCUCAAGCGGCAGCACACGAGAAGGGGAUCUCCGGGCGGCAGCACGAGCAGGGGAGGAGCAGCAAGUUGCGGAGAAGCAGCAGAAGGGGCUCCAGCUUGAGGUCCAGGAUCGCAAAAGGGCUUGAGGAUGAGCUUGAGGGAGCUCGUGGUCCAGGCGCGGCGGGAGCUCGUGGUCCAGGCGCGCGGGGGUCCUGGCCGGCGGCGGCGCAUGCCCUGCGAGGAAGGAGGGGAUAUCGUCGACGUAGGUCCUGGGCGGCGGAGGAGCACGUCUUGUGCGGUGACGGAGCAAGCAGGGCGGCGCAGGUCCUUGGCAGCGGAGGAGCAAGCAGGGCGGCGCGGGUCCUGGGCCGCGGAGGAGCACGUCCUGUGCGGCAACGGAGCAAGUAGGGCGGCGCGGGUCCUGGGUCGCGGAGGAGCACGUCCAGUGCGGCGGCGGAGCAAGCAAUUGGGCGGCGCAGGUCUUGGGCUGACGACUGGCCCUGGCGACGCGCGCCGGCGACAGGCGGAGGAAGAAGGAAGAAGACGCGACCUGUAUGGUAACCUGUUUGUAACAAAUUUGAAGUUAUAAGGGUGUUUUUGAAAAAUUGACAUUACACUACGCUGUGGACAACUUUUCCGGACGGAGGGAGUACGUAUAUUGUUGAAAUAUUUUUCAAAUUUGCAAUCAAUGAAAUAUUUUGCAUGCUAA